AUGGAGCCAUCCAACGCAAAAGGAAUUAGCAUUGCCAUUGACAGAGGCGGCACCUUCACUGACUGCGUGGGGAACCCCGGAACCGGGCGAUUGGAAGAUGACAUCGUGAUCAAGCUUCUAUCAGAAGAUCCUUCUAACUAUCAAGAUGCCCCUCUUGAAGGUAUUCGUCGAAUUCUCUCGAAGUUUACGGGGCGAGAGAUCCCUCGAGGAGAUCCGAUCGAUACCUCGCUGAUCCAGAGCAUCCGCAUGGGCACCACCGUUGCGACGAACGCUCUGCUCGAGCGCAAAGGGGAGAAGAUUGCACUGGUGGUCAGCAAGGGUUUCCGCGACUGCCUACGGAUUGGGAAUCAGUCGCGACCCCGAAUUUUUGAUCUGGCGAUCAAGCGUCCAGACGUACUGUAUGAGGAGGUGAUCGAAGUGGAUGAACGAGUUACUCUGGAGGAUUAUGCAGAAGAUCCGCAACGUCACAUUACCACGGUCACCCAUGCGCAGGUCUCUGCAGAUGCUGAGAUUGUUCGUGGUCUUUCUUCAGAAGCAGUUCGUAUCCUAAGGCGCCCGUCAGAGAGCGUGGUGAGGUCACAGUUGCAAAAAGUUUUCAACAAGGGAAUUCGAAGCAUAGCGGUAUGUCUUAUGCACGGGUACACCUUUCCCGAUCACGAGGCUUUGAUCGGACGACUUGCGACUGAAAUCGGCUUCCACCACGUCAGCCUGAGUCACCAGCUCAUGCCAAUGAUUAAGCUUGUGCCUCGAGCAACUUCGGCCUGUGCCGAUGCAUAUCUGACCCCAACUAUCAAGAAGUACCUUUCUGGCUUCCAGGCUGGAUUCGAGGGCGGCCUUGGAAGCGAAAGUGUCAAGCGACAGGAAGGUGCUCGGGGUGCCCGCUGUGAAUUCAUGCAAUCUGACGGAGGCUUGGUCGACGUGGACUCAUUCUCGGGCCUGCGAGCGAUCCUGUCCGGCCCUGCCGGCGGAGUCGUUGGCUACGCCCUUACCUCCUAUGAUCCUGUGUCCCAAAUCCCCAUCAUCGGAUUUGACAUGGGUGGAACUAGCACCGAUGUCAGCAGGUAUGGCUCUGGCCGUUACGAGCAUGUCUUCGAGACCACUACGGCCGGGGUGACUAUCCAGUCACCCCAGCUGGAUAUCAACACCGUAGCAGCCGGAGGUGGUUCCAGGCUUUUCUACCGCAAUGGGCUCUUUGUUGUUGGUCCAGAGUCAGCCGGUGCACACCCCGGACCAGCGUGCUAUCGCAAGAAUGGCCCCCUCACCGUGACGGAUGCCAAUCUCUUCCUCGGUAGAAUUGUUCCCGAUUUCUUUCCCAAGAUAUUUGGCCCGAAUGAAGACCAGGGCUUAGAUGAACAGGCAAGCCGGAGGUUAUUUGAGGAGCUGACACAAGAAAUCAAUGAGGAUAUGGCUAAAGGUGAACAAAGUAAGAAGAUGACUCCGGACGAAGUGGCGUUUGGCUUUAUCAAGGUUGCCAACGAGACGAUGACUCGACCCAUACGGUCUUUAACCGAGGCCAAGGGUCACGACACUUCGAAGCACAGGCUUGCUACGUUCGGAGGUGCUGGCGGACAGCAUGCUGUGGCCAUCGCCGAGAAUCUGGGUAUUCGUCAGAUCCUGAUUCACAGGUAUUCAUCCGUGCUUUCUGCAUAUGGAAUGGCUCUGGCCGAUGUGGUCGAUGAAAACCAGGAGCCAGAAUCAAAGACCUGGGGCGAUCAUCAAGAGGUGCGACAGGAGCUUGCGGAGAAGAUGGAGCAACUGAAGCAGAGAUCGACGAGAAGGCUGCGUGAGCAGGACUUUGACGACGGGUCGAUCGUCUUCGAAGAGUACUUGAACAUGCGAUACCGCGGCACGGAAUCCGCUCUAAUGAUCUUGAAACCUAGCAAGGAAGAAGCCGAUCGCCUCUUCGACGGUGACGACUGGGCGUUUGGUAAAUGCUUUGUUCAAAAUCAUGAGCAAGAGUUUGGCUUCACCCUCCCGGACCGCGACAUCAUCGUGGACGAUGUGCGCGUCAGAGGUAUUGGGAAGAGCUCCAAGGUAUCCGAGAAGACGGUUGACCAACAACUCCAAGACGCGAAGCCUAGGGACGUGACAUGUGGCGAGUAUCGAAUGUCUCACGUGUACUUCGAAGGAGGCCGGCAAGACACGCCCAUCUACAAACUCGACGACCUGCUGGUCAAUGAUCGAGUGAAGGGGCCGGCCAUUCUAGCCGAUAACACCCAAACCAUCGUGGUGACCCCGGGAGCCUCGGCGCUUUUGACGAAGACUCACGUCGUGAUCAGCGUGGGUGAUUCGGACGCCGAUCUUCCUCAGGUUAGUACGGAUACGGUAGACCCUAUCUUACUGAGUGUUUUUUCUCAUCGGUUCAUGGCCAUUGCGGAGCAAAUGGGACGUGCGCUCCAGAAGACGAGUGUGAGCACAAACGUUAAAGAGCGUCUUGACUACUCGUGCGCGCUUUUCGACGCGCAAGGCGGGCUCGUUGCCAAUGCUCCUCAUUUACCGGUCCAUUUGGGCAGCAUGUCCACCUGUGUCCGAAUGCAGGCUCAGAUCUGGCGAGGCAAAUUGCAUCCUGGCGAUGUCAUCGUUUCCAACCACCCAGAGUUUGGAGGUACUCAUCUCCCUGAUAUCACGGUGCUUCAGCCUGCUUUCAGUCAGGGAAAGAUCAUAUUCUAUGUGGCCUCCCGGGCACAUCAUGCCGACAUCGGCGGUAUUCUGCCCGGCUCUAUGCCGCCCCAUUCAAAGGAACUCUACCAGGAAGGCGCAGCGAUCAAGAGCGAAAAAUUGGUAUCGGAAGGCAAGUUCAACGAGCAACGUAUUACAGAGCUGCUCUACCACGAGCCUGCCCGAUAUCCCAAUUGUAGUGGGACUCGCUGUCUCGCAGAUAACCUGAACGAUCUCAAAGCCCAAAUCGCCGCCAAUACGAAGGGAAUCAAGUUGAUCGGGACCUUGAUCGAGGAAUAUAGCGAAGAGGUGGUUCUGUUCUAUAUGCGCCAAAUUCAAGACAAUGCCGAGCUCAGUGUGCGUAAUCUGCUGAAGGAGGUCAGCGCGAAAUUCGCGGGCCGUGACUUGAGCGCCAUGGACCACAUGGAUGACGGGACACCUAUCCAACUGAAGAUCUCGAUUGAUGCAGAGAAGGGUGAGGCAGUCUUUGACUUUGAUGGGACAGGCCCGGAGGUAUAUGGUAAUUUCAAUGCCCCAGAGGCUGUCACGUAUUCCGCAAUUAUAUAUUGUCUGCGGUGUCUCAUUUCUGCAGACAUCCCGCUGAACCAGGGUUGUUUGAAGCCAAUUGAUGUCAGGAUUCCACCCAGGAGUCUCCUUUCCCCGUCCGAAUCCGCGGCGGUUGUGGGAGGCAAUGUAUUGACGAGCCAACGCGUAACCGAUGUCAUUUUGAAAUGCUUCCAGGCCUGCGCUGCCUCUCAGGGUGAUACUAACAAUUUGACAUUCGGGUUUGGUGGCAAUAUGCAAGGCGAGACCGAAACGAAAGGCUUCGGAUACUAUGAAACCAUCGCUGGCGGGAGCGGUGCGGGACCGGACUGGGAAGGCACUUCGGGGGUGCAUACACAUAUGACCAACACCCGUAUCACCGAUGCUGAGGUUUUCGAAAGACGAUACCCGGUGUUGCUCCGGGAGUUCAGCAUUCGAGCAAACUCCGGCGGCAACGGGCAGCACCGCGGUGGUGAUGGGGUCAUCCGGGACAUUGAAUUCCGCGUUCCAGUGCAGGUGUCCAUUCUCUCGGAGCGUCGAGUCUACCACCCCUACGGCUUGGACGGGGGUGAGGACGCUCAAUGCGGCCAGAACCUCUGGGUCCGCCGUGUCCAAAAGGCCAACGACGACUGGGAGGAAAGAUAUAUCAGUCUGGGUGGGAAAAACUCCGCCCAGAUGCAAUCAGGCGAGAGGAUCAUCAUCCGAACCCCCGGUGGCGGCGGAUGGGGACGAGCUGGAGAUCAACAACAGCUUCUGCGCGCGCAGGACGCUCGUCAUAGCUGGCGAGGGGGCUCCAUUGCUACCCACACGGCGACCCAAGAAGCAAGCAUGUAA